UUUGGACUUUCCCUCCCUCCAUAAAUACCCAACCUCACUCCUCCUUCUUCCUCACCAUCAUCUCUUCAAUUACCAAACCUAACUCUUCUUUAACAAGAGCGCAGGCUCGAAAGCGCUCUUGUUCUUUCUUCAUCGUCUCCUCCUUUACCCUCAUAGUAAUCUAGAACCCCUUUAAAUUUUUGGAUAAUUCACACAAAAUAUGGCUAUUAACCUAGCAAUUCUCUUUACCACAUUCUUCCUCUUGAACCUCGCCGAUGCUAGAAUCCCCGGCGUCUACUCCGGCGGCGCGUGGCAAACCGCACACGCCACUUUUUACGGCGGUAGCGACGCCUCCGGCACUAUGGGAGGAGCUUGUGGUUACGGGAACCUUUACAGUCAAGGCUAUGGAACCAACACGGCUGCUUUGAGCACGGCGCUGUUUAACAACGGUAUGAGCUGUGGAUCCUGCUUUGAGCUAAAAUGCGCCAACGACCCACAAUGGUGCCACUCAGGUAGUCCAUCGAUCCUCAUCACCGCAACCAAUUUCUGCCCACCAAAUUUGGCUCAGCCCAGCGACAACGGAGGAUGGUGCAACCCGCCACGUGCCCACUUCGACCUAGCCAUGCCUGUCUUCCUCAAGAUCGCUCAAUAUCGCGCCGGCAUUGUCCCCGUCUCAUACCGCAGGGUGCCAUGUAGAAAGAGAGGAGGGAUAAGGUUCACAAUCAACGGUCACCGUUACUUCAACUUGGUUCUGAUCACUAACGUGGCGGGAGCAGGAGACAUCGUGAGGACGAGCGUGAAAGGUUCACGGACUGGUUGGAUGAGUUUGAGCAGGAACUGGGGUCAGAACUGGCAGUCUAAUGCUGUUUUGGUUGGUCAGUCACUUUCUUUCCGCGUCACAGGCAGUGACCGUAGAACCUCUACUUCAUGGAACAUCGCUCCUUCUAACUGGCAGUUUGGUCAAACCUUUGUCGGGAAGAAUUUCAGGGUCUAAACGAUGAUUCUCGAGAAACUAAAUUUGGGGAAAAUCGAAAAUAUUAAAGUGGUCGAGACAAAAGAAAACUCUCCGCUAAUUUCGCUCCUCCUUUUUUUUUUUUCUCAAAACGAGGGAGAAUAGUAUCUUUGACUUUUGUGUGUUUUCUUUUUGAUGUUUCUUUUUUUUUGGGGUUUUGGUGUUUUUAAUUGUGAGUUAUAAAAGGGGAGAGAGAAAGAGAGUAGCUGAAGUGGCUGUGAGAAAAUUUUGUAACAGCCCGCAGCUAUUAAAGUAUUUACAUGGUUGGGUUGUAGUAACGUUUAGUUUCGUGUAAUUGAAAACAUGGUUGUAUUAUGAUACUACUACAUUCUAGUACUAAUCUUCUUGUUUGUUUUUUUAACUAGCC